GUGUUUAUUGUAGUUGAUGCAGUUCAACCAGAAACAAAACAUGGCAGCGGAAGAGAAAGAGAGAGAUUUAUAAGGAGUAGGGUCCAGGAGGGACGGCACCCGAGAGAUUGGUGGUGGGGCAGCGACUCAUGGAGGGGUAGUCAGAAACCCAGACUCGUCAGCCGAAGAUUUUACGCGGCUGCGUCUUUCCCUUUUCACAUCUUUUCAUAACGGCCAAAACCAUGCUUUUUCGCAGUAGUCACAAACAAGCAACACCAAGGAAAAUGAAAGGAAGAAGAAAAAGUGAGAGAGUCGGUCAGAGAGAGAGAGAGAAAGAGAGAGCGAAUAAAGUUAAAGAGAAACAAGAGAAACUGGCCAUUCACUUUUCCGCUUUUCCGCUCUUCACACUAAGAGUAAAGCUGGAGGGCAACGACAAGGUUUUUUUCUUUUCUUUUUUUUUUUUUUGGAAAAAAAAAAAAAACUUGUUUCCAUGGCAAUAUCAUUGGCCAAAAACAUUGGAAAACGAUCCGUGAAGUUGUGACCUCUCUCUGUCUGUCUGUCUGUCUGUCUCUCUCUCUCUCCACGAAGCGCUCUCACUUUGAUCGAACAACCUCCUCGAAUGUAGUUUCAGAACAUUUCACGAAUUCUAGGCGUUAACCCCCGUACUUUUCCAGAAAAAUUGUCUCCACGAAAAUCCUCGCUAUUCGUUUCCCCUCUGUUUGGAUCCUGAGAAAAAUGGGAGGUUAACCAUUCAAAGAAUCAAACAAGUGGUACGGAAAUUAGAUUAGAUGUGAUUCUCAGCUAGUAAAACAUUUAGCUGAGCUCACAUUCUGUUGUCUUUUUCUUUCGUUUUCUCAGCGGUCAAUCGUUGACUAUAAACAGUGGUUCCAUCUAUUAUAUUUUAAGAUUUUUCUAGUUGUUCACACUUCACUUGUUCUUGUUUGGUACGUCGUCGUAUUCUGUUUCGCUUUCUUUGGUUGUCUACUAUGGCGGACUCCGCUAAGAUACGGUUGGUUCUGUGCCCAAAGUGUGAAAAUCUUCUACCGGAGCUCGCUGAUUACCCUGUUUAUCAGUGCGGUGGUUGCGGUACGGUUCUUGGAGCAAAAAAAGAGAAUCUCGAAGGAGAUGGCUUGUCCGAGAAGUCAGAUGAAGAAAGGUUAGGCGGACUACCUGCUAAAUCAGAGAAUUCCUCGGAUAGAGGAAUGGUUGAUUUGAGUGAGGCUUCUGAUACUGAUGUUAAGCCAGAUGGUGGCUCUUUGAGAUGUGGUCAAAGGGAUUCAAAGAAGGAUGAUGUUGCAUAUGCUGAGCAAUAUGGGAAUGAAUCUAAGGUUGCAACUGAUAAUUGGGUAGCUGAGACUGGUCUUGAUAUGAACACAAAAAGAGAUGAAUUGGGUGAAGCAAUGGGAAGGGAACAAGGAGAACUGAAUACUGAAAUUGGAUCUAUGGGAGGAUUCCAAAGAUCGGGACGAAUGUCUGAUUGGAAAAUGGGAGACAGACGUGAGAUGGAGGGGUUUCGAAGAAACCCGAGAAGUGAUGUCGAAGGUGUGAGGCUUUCGACUUCAAACUAUCUUGAUGAGGAGGGCCCAUCAAAUUACAAGUUGGAUUCUUCUUAUAGUUUUGGGGAGUCAUCUAGGAACCCUGUUGACCCAGAAGGUGCUAAUAGGGUUAAGUAUCUUGAACAAGAUCGAGCUGAGCUUUUGAGGAAGCUGGAUGAGCUAAAGGAUCAACUUAGUCAGUCUUGUGAUGUGGCUGAUAAAUCAAAAGAGAGGGUUCCUCUUGAUGGCAGGAUGGCUCCUCCAGAUUCGUAUGGUGGCCCUGACAAUUGGUUUCAAAAUGGUUCUUCGGUGUCAAAUAGGGCUCCAAUGCAGUUCUCUGGAUCUGAUAAACAUGUUGCAGGCCACCCUUGUUCCAAUCAUUGGCCUGAUCUAUUUCCUUAUCCCAACAGGCAUGAAAUGGCCAUGCAUAGCUUCUUUCCUCCAGUGCAUAAUCCAAAUCAUAAUCCUGGAUAUGGAGAUCCUUUUGGACCUGAAAUGCUUAGGAGAGCUCCACACCAGUUACCUGGGCAAUAUCCACCACAGCCAUUGCAUCCAUACUUUUCUGGACAAUAUAUUGACACUAAUCCCAACUCAUUUGAGGCAUACCCACCUAACUCAAUAUUUCACCAGCCUUCUUGCUCUUGUCUCCAUUGUUAUGACAAACUUCAGCGAGUUUCAGCACCAGUUCCACCCCCUUUCUGCAAUAGAAGGUUUCCUGAUGUCCCAAACAAUCCUGUUAUGUACCAUCAUAAGAAACCUGGGGCAUUUGGUCCACUUGGUCAUAAUUCUAGGCCUAUCAUUCCUCCUCCAUCAAGCAUUAGUGAUCCACAACGCCAUGCAAGAUGGCCGAGUGACCUUAAUUCUGAUAUGGGUGGUUUUGUUCGCUGUCAUCCUCGUAGGGUGGUGUUAGCCAGUGGUGCCCACUAUUGCCGUCCCAUAGCUCAUGGUGCCCCCUUUGUAACAUGUUAUAAUUGCUUUGAGCUACUGCAACUGCCCAAGAAAGUACUGCUUACCAUGAAGAAUCAACAAAAAAUACGGUGUGGGGCAUGCUCUGCAGUAAUCAACUUUGCUGUCAUCAACAAGAAACUAGUUCUUUCAGUUCAUGCACAAACAAAGGAUAUUCCCAUAGAUGUUGAUGGUAGCUCUAAUGAGGUGGUGAAAGACAGUUCUUCGCAUUUCCACGGCCACAUGAACCUGAAUAGUGCUAAUUUCUCUUCUGAUGAUUAUGAUGUUUCUGGUUACGAUUUUCAUUCAAUAGAUAGAGAACCUGUUUCAUUGUCUACGGGCCCGGGUUUGAACUCAAACAACGCUCAGAAGAUUGGAAGCUUUCUUUCUUCAUCCCCCAGCACCUCUGAGGAUGAAAAUGGUCCAGAAGUCAUAACUGCUUCAAAAGAAGUCAACACCUCCAGUCAGCAACCAACCAAAGCUGUUCUGUCUACACCACCUCCUGGUUCACCUCUUCAAGAACAUUUUGAUUAUACUUCUAAUAAUCAUGCAGUGGACCGUUUUGGAAAGGGAAACCGAAGUAGUCGUUCAGAUCAAGAGAAGGUGAAACCUAACAAGGCUGCCUCACGCCAAAAUUCUUUGAAAGAGGCAUCACUUGCUACUGAGAUGGAGGUAUCAUUCAAUGACUACUCCAAUACCGUGGUUUCUCAAGAUUCUGGGGAUGCAAGCAGAGAAGACGAUCAACCAAGAAACAACAAAGGGGGUGAAUCAUUUUUUGCGAACAUUAUCAAGAAAAGCUUUAGGGAUUUUUCUAGAUCUAAUCAAACAGAUGAACGUAGCAGAAGUAAUGUAUCAGUAAAUGGGCAUCUCAUACCAGAACGUGUGGUUAAGAAGGCUGAAAAGCUGGCCGGACCAAUUCAACCUGGAAAAUAUUGGUAUGACUUCCGAGCUGGAUUCUGGGGCUUAAUUGGUGGGCCUUGUCUGGGCAUAAUACCUCCAUUCAUUGAAGAGUUCAAUUAUCCCAUGCCAGAGAAUUGUGCUGGAGGAAAUACUGGUAUUUUUGUAAAUGGGAGAGAGCUUCAUCAAAAAGAUAUAGAUUUGCUUGCUAAUAGAGGUCUUCCCGCUGCUAGAGAUAGAUCUUACAUCAUUGAGAUUUCUGGGAGAGUCCUGGACGAGGACAGUGGUGAGGAGCUAGAUAGCCUUGGCAAACUUGCCCCAACAGUUGAGAAGGCAAAGCAUGGAUUUGGUAUGAAAGCUCCAAGAGGAACUCAUAAUCAAUAGAAAUCACAAAGUUCUUUCGUCUGUUCUGACAUGUUGGAAAUAUUAAGACAUCCUGUCCGAGAGCUGGAAAAACCGUCUUAACAAAUUCAUUUAGAGGAUCUACGCAAAGUUCUCUCACCAUGACAUAAUAUCAGAUGUUGGAUGGUGGGUAUGCCUCUUGACUUCCGAAAGCUAUAUAUCUAUUACUAAACAUGGGAUGGUUGUCACGCCUGAUUCAUCUGAAGGGAUUGUCUUGUUGCACACCCAAAGUAAAUGUGUGCUAAUGUUUUGUUUUUUUUUUUUUUUAUAUGUAAAUCAAGUAAUUUUUUUGCUUGACCUGAUUCCAGUUCUUACUGUACAUGGAAUGAUGUUCUUCGUAGUUAUUGAGGUUGAAAUUGAUUUUGAACUAAUAUAAUAGAUGGUUCAUGCCUUCAUGGCAGUCA